AUGAGAUUCAAUGUUCAACAUUCAAAUUUGAAUUUUCUGCGUAAUUUAAAUCACUUGACUACACAAUUUAAACAAACACUUAAAGAUCUUUCACAACAUGAAGAUAACCAUAAUGCCUUUCCAAAAAAUAAUAAUAACAAUGCUGCAACUACUAAUAAUAAUAAUGAUAGUAAUAUUUGGGGUUUGUCACAAUCAGCUAAUGAUCGUGGUAUUUUAAUAAAAGACUCCAAUGGAGAUUGGUGUAUUGUUAUUGGUAAAUGGUCAGAGUUUAAACGUCUUCCCGCGCCAAUUUAUGCAAUGAAUUCAAACAAUAAUCAAACAAAUGAUAAUUCUAAUGAAAUACAUGGAAAUGGUGGACAUUUAUCUUUAAAAUUUAAAUGGUUUGCAUCCGCAUCAACACCAGCAAGAAUAUCUUAUGCUCAGAUUCCAGACAAUACUAACAGUUUUACUGUGAUUCUACACGAUGCUUCAGUUAACAUGCAGACUGGGGAAUUGUUUAUUAGUAAAAGCUGUAAUGAAAUUGCACAGAAUGUUUGUUUGGCGUUUUGCUGUGGAAUUUUACAUGUAUUAUGUCAACCACGUAUCCUUACGCAUGAAUCAAAAGUGAAACCCUGUCAAAGUUAUAGUGAGUGGGAUCAAAGUUCAUGUCCUGUAGGCGAUAAAAUUAACACUCAUGAAGAUGUGCUGACUAACUUUCAAACAUCAACUAAACAAUCUGCUAAAGACGCCAAUUUAUCAACACCAGUAUUAUCAACUGAUUCUACUAUGACCAAUGAAAUAUCAAACGCUUUCAUGAAUGGUGCUAUUCAAAUAAAAAAUUCUCAAUCUGUUGUUGUGAUAAAAAAGACUAUCAAAAAAUUAGUUUGGAAUCUACGGGAUUAUGAUUUUAAAAAAACAUUUAAAAAAUCUAAACAGGGGAAUAAUGAAUGGAAAAGACAAAUGGAAGAGUUAUUUUUCACUGGUGUCGAUGUUAGUGACACUGACGAUGGAGGUGUUAACCACAACAGUAGGCAUUGUCGUGGUAGUAGAAGUAGACAGGGUGGUGAUGAAGGCAGUGAUAGAAACCUUGGAAAUCGAGGUAGUAGAGGCUGUAGAAGUGUUAGUGACAUCAGUAAUCAUGAUAUUCAUAGUAGGGGUAAUAGAAGUAAAGGGAAAGGCGGCAAUAAUAUCAGAGAUGGCAGCGGUACGGAUUGUAGGAGUGACAGCGGUGGCGAUGGUGAAACUCAAGAUGAACAUUUAAAUAAGAAUGAUGAUGAUGAUCGGAGUGAAUUAAUGAAUGAAGUAAAAGUCUACGGGUAUGCUGUCUGUCAAUUUCAAAGUCAACAAUAUGAAGUUUACAGUGAGCCGAUGAAAUCUGAACAAAAAUUUUAUGAUAAAUAUGAUAAUCAAAACAAUGGAUAUUCAUUUCAAAAUUCAACAUUUUCAACAACACAUGAAAAAGAAACCAGGAAUCAUUUAAACAUGGCAUUAACAUUUACAAUGUGUAGAGCUUGUGGACUACCAAUUGACAGUUUAAUACCAAGUGUACAAUAUAUUAGAUAUUUAAUACGUAAUUCCAUCCAAUUUAAAUAUGUACAUAAAUCUCCAAUUGGUUUAAACAAUUCAAACAAUGCUCAAUCAUUCAAUGAUCAAUGUAAUGUAAUGUAUAGUGAGGAGAAUGCAUCAAAUUCAAAUAUUUAUUCGGAUAUAAUCAAUGUAUACAGAUGUAAAGGUGAAAAACAACAGUUAAUGAAUAAUUCAAACAAUUUAAAAUUAUCAGAUGAUGAAAUUAAGUUGUUUAAAAUGACAAAUCAAGAGUUGAAUGAACAGCACGGAAGUGUUAAGAGGGAAGAAACCAGUGGAGAAAAUAAUGGCGGAAUCACCAACAGGGGAUUGUUAAAUUCAACCAAUUAUACAAAGUCCAAUGACAUUGUGAAUAAGUCAAAUCAUAAUAGUAAUAAUAACAGUAGUAAUUCACAAAUAUGUAAAAAAGAAUAUAAAUGGCGAUUAAGUGAUUUUUAUGAUUAUUUCAUAUUGGAACUACCAGACAUUUGUUCUGGUUGUAUUCCUGGCUGUAGAUAUUGUAAUGGUUUAGAUAUAUUCUAGGUAAUAUAAACCUGUUAUGAAUACUAUACAUGUAUAUAUAAAGCCUUUUUUUUAAUUACCGUUGUUAUAUCGUGGUAGACAA